AUGGACAAUUACGAGGCAAUUCAGGCCCUACAUAAUUCACUGCCUCCAUUCUCACCUUAUGUGCCCGCGUCACUUCUGCCGUCCAUAGCUCUAAUCCUCUUGGCAUCAACGUUCACUCUUGCAUUCUACUUUUCAACCCUUCCAAAAGACACGUUUCCACUACGCGAGACCGCGGUGGCAUCAUUAGCAAGUGUCCUCGGUGGUUUCGGAGUUGUCGCCCUGUUCUGUAGUGCUGGAGUGAACGUGUAGGCAUGUUCGUGUCCUAGUAGUUCCAAUCGACCGUUGGAUACCC